AUUUUGGUCCAGCUAAUGGAUAGAAAUAAAAUAGGCCAUAAACUAUGAUUUCUAAUACAUUUUUAAGUCAACUUAAAAUUCCAAAUAAGUUUAAACCACCUACCAGUCACAUUUCACCAUAUCAUUGAGUAUUAACUCAAAGAUGAUUUUCAUUUUAUGCUUUUUAAAUUUAUUGGCUAUAAGUUGUCAAAAGGAACUGAGUGAUUAUAGGCCAACAAAUGCCAAUGUUUUACCUUUCCAAGCUUUAAUUUUUAAUAAUAACAAAGGGUGGUAUACAGUGGGAGCUCUGAUAAGUCCUAGCUAUGUAGUUACAAUGGCAAAUGGCAUUAAACAAAGUGUUCACUUCGUAGUAUACCUGGGACUGUCCACUCAUCCAAAGAAAGUGGCAGAAGUCUUUGACGAAAAAGUUCAAGUAAUUUCUUCCUCGAACAAGAUCUUCAUUCAUGAAGAUUAUGGCAAAGUGAAGGCAACUGGGCAGUACAUUUAUGAUAUUGGACUACUCAAGCUGGAUAGAAAUGCUUCCAUUACACCAACAGUACAGAUUAUAAAUUUACCCCCAAAAAACCUGUUUCCUCUAAGCGCCGGUUUAUUGGCAAAUUCCACUGCUUUCAAAAUUACCAGCAACAAGGGGUUUCCAGCAUUUGCUUCCGUUCAACUACGCAGCCAGACAAAAUGUAAACUAUUUUUCGGGCCCAGUUUUAUAGAAAGUGAGGAAAUAUGUGUCAGGCAACAAAACGUCCCGGCUGAUUUCAGCAAAGUAUUUAUUCAUCUUCCUUUAGUGGCAGAUGGUUAUCUUAUAGGGCUCGGAAGAACUCUCUUAACACCUGCAGCUUGUCAAGUGACUAGUGCAAGCUGUAACUUGCUGCAAGUUUAUGCUAGUAUUGAAAAUGCACUGGAUUGGAUUUAUGAAAACACAGAUGUUCUGGAUAUGAAGGAAAAACAGAUUAAAGACAACGAAAUGCUAGAUUGCAUCAACAGUACGACUGUGAGUAGUGAAAAUGUAGAGAACCCAUUGGCAGUUGGAGAAAAACAGGAAAUAACAGGCGACAAAGGCCACAAAGGCAACGCCAGUGGGGCAAAUUUACCAAAUACAAAGGAAGUUGCUGAAGACGACAGUCAAGGAAAAACCAAUGAUUUUGCCUAUAAAAGAGUUAAUAAUAAUGGCACAGAACAGAAGGAGUAUGCAGAAUCAAACGGCUACAAUAACACGAUCGCGCCAUCUUUUCUUCAAAUAUUUGGUUAAAAAUGUAUGAGUCAUGUUUAUUAGCUUUAUUAUAAUGUAAAUAAAUUCAAGUACAUUUCUAA